GUUAGAUUUUAGUUGUUGGCCUAUCCAUCCAUUCUUUAUCAAGAUACCUACUUCCAAACUCUUCCAAACUACCAUUACAGACAGGGCAACCAAUUCCACUGGGGAAAGAUGAACUGAUAUAGAGGAGGAUUGAAACCUCAGUUCCCACCACAACAGUCCCUCCCUUUGAUAUCUCAGCCUACUACUUCUGAAACACCAAUUUGAUUUCCAUCCCAAAAUACUAAUGGAACAGUGUCCAAGAUAUCCAAUGGCAAAUACAGUGAGGAUUAUGAGAAGAUCCAUCUAUACUUUCCUUCAGAAGUAUCAAUUUUUCACCACAACUGCUGCACUUCUUGCCUUUCCUUUUGCAGCACUUGUUCUCCUCUCGGAAGCUUCAAUUCCCUCCUCUUCUCUUCUUCAGGUAAUCCAGAAACGCUUGCAAUCCCUCUUCAAUGCUGCAGGGUUCCCGCGAUCCUCAGAAUUCUUUUUCAUCCUUAACCUUAAGCUUUCUCAGACUAUUGCCACAUCUUUUGUUGUUGUUCCUUUCACCUUGACCUUCCUUCUCUUUGCUAAGGCAUUCAUAAUUCAAUUCUUCUGCAACCAUAAACCGACUGCAGAACCCAAGUUUGCCUCUUUUCUAUCACUAUAUAGUCCUCUUUUUCUUACACAAAUCUGCAACAUGCUAGUUAUCAUCUCUGCAAAUGCAACCUGCUUCUGUCUCCUAUUCUUUGCAUUUAAUUGUCUUGAUGGAUUAGGCCUUUUGAACCCAAAAAUGCUCCUCCUCUUUUCAGCUACAGGCGCUGUUCUUUACUCCAUCAUUCUUGCCAAUACCCUCAUUAUCUGCAAUUUAGGACUGAUAUUGUCAGGAAUAGAAAACACUGGUGGAUAUAUUGCAAUUCUCAAGGCAUGUGUGCUGAUCAGGGGAAGAUCUGCCACAGCAUUAUCCUUGGCUCUGCCCAUCAACAUGGCCCUAGCUGCAAUUGAAGCUUUGUUUCAGUAUCGAGUAGUUAGAGCUUAUCAUCAUGCUGAAUCUCCCGUAUCUUCUAUUGUUUUCGAGGGAAUGUUCAUCGCCUACCUGUACUCAGUUCUCCUUGUCCUGGAUACAGUUGUUGGUUGUGUGCUCUACAGAAGCUGUAAAGCCUCAAUUCAAAUAGAUCAAGAGAAUGGAUAUUCUCAUAGUUACCUGAUUGAAUUUGAAGAUGAGGAUGUCAAUUAUUUUGCAAAAUCGAAGGCGUUAGAUGAUCUUGCUUAGUACUUCUCUUCCUGGCAAGAAACAGGAUUCUUUGCUGCUAUUCAUUUACACACAUGGAUUCGGUAACAAAGAAAAGUAUGUGCAGAAUUAUUUACUGUUCAUAGAGCAAAUUCUAGUUAAUUAGCAUUAUCUGGUACAGAGAUUUACAUGUUUCUGGAUCUGACGAGUGAAGGAUUGAAGAUACAUUGGAGGCAACAAAGCCAAGUCAUUCUCUAUUUAUUGAUUCUCCUCUUCUUCUUUUUUUUUUUUUUUUUUUUUUUCCAUUUUUCUUUCUACGGCUCUGGAAAUACUUGAGGCAAGAAUGCUGUUAGUUUAUAGUUUUCUUUUUCUUUUUUUUUUCUCCUGAUCAGCUGUUAAUUUAAGGUUGAUCUUGUGAUGAAUUCUCAAGAAGUGGAAAAAUCAAAACACUUCAA